GAUAUUGAGUUUUUGUUUUUUUUAAUUCUAAAAAUGAUUUUAUAAAUAUUUACAACAAUAAUAGACAACAUCACUUCAAAUAUAUUUACAUUCGUAUGAUCAAAUGUUGAAUAAGCUGUCAACUUAUUGAUAUUAUUUAAAUCAAUUUUUAUUACUUCAAUAAAUUUUAAACAUACAAUAACAGAAGAAAAAAGGCUUGUGGUAGUAAUCAGUUGUCCAUCUGUUCCUUGACACUUGGUUCUCAUGCUGAAGCAAAAAUCCAAUUGGUAGAGAGAAUAUAUUUAUUUCUCUUUUCAACACAUUGAGGUGAAUUAAUAUUAUCCGAGUGUACCAUCUGGCACAAGUUACAAGUUGGGCACCUUACUUUCAAUGGGUGUAAAAAAAAGGAAAAAAAAUAAAAAACAACCUACUGACUGUUCCGGUCUUUUAUUCCAUAAUUAUACUUCAAAAUAAAUGCAAAAAUUUAUAAAUGUGACUCUAAAGAAACAUGCAGACGAAAGAUUUUUUCUUUUUUUUUUUUUCUCUCCAUGGAAUUUUAAAUGGAAUCAAGUGCAAGUUUUAAGACUUGUAUGAAAUUUUAAAUUCUAGUAUACUUAAAUUAGCACAAGAAAAUAAAAUGUGUGCAGUAUGAUAGGUCGAUGAACUACAUUAGUAGUAUUCUCGGAUAAAUAUAUAUUAUUUGGGGAAUUGAGUCUUUCAGCUGUUACUGCCUGUCUCUCCGGACUCCGGUAGCCGGUUUAUUGCUAAGCAUUGCUAAGCAAUGAAGUGCAAGUGAUUCUUCUCAAAAUGUUUAACAAUUAUAAAUAAAAAUAUUGUAUAAAAAAAAAAUCCAUCAAUAUCAUUAACAUGGUUUAUAGGAUUUUAAGACGUCUUAUUUUUUCAAACAUAUCAAAUUUUGGAUCGAAAUUAAUUGGUGUAUUAGCACCACUAGUAAUACCACCACUUCAUAUAUUAUUUCUUUGGUAUUUUUGGCGAGAAUUUUCACGAGAUGUUGAUAAACAAUAUUGUUCAUGUUCAUGCUGGGAUACUGUUUUUAAAGGUUCUUAUGAAUCAGGUAUUGCUUCAUAUAAACACAUGUAUUUUAAUGCAACACCACAAACAUUAAAAAUAUGGGCAACAGUAGUUAUUGGAGUUGUUGCAUUUUAUGAAGCUGUUAAAUAUUUGGCAUGGUUAGUGUUUCGUGGACGUUUAAGAUUUGGAAUGUUUGUACUAUUUGUUGGUGCAAUAUUUUCACAUUAUUAUUCAUGGUGGAUAUAUAUAAAUUAUUGGAAUGAUGAUUAUUAUUCACAAUGGUAUCAUCAAUUAUUAUUUUCUAUGACUGAAUUAUUAUCAACAUUUUUUGUAUUACAAUUAGCUGAUUUAAAAUGUCCAAUAACACGUAGAAAAUCAUUUGCAAUUAGUGGAAUUGGAUUAAUACAUAUCUUUGCUGGUAGUUGGGAUCAAUUUAUCACUAAUGUUGUGAGAGGUGAAGGCUAUGCUCAUCAGGUGGUUCGUGACUUGGGAUUUAUGAUACCUGAUAUUUUACAUGUUGUGAUUCCAUUGUGGUCUCUUUGGUGGCAGGAUUAUCAGGUGCUUCCUGGUGCCAGUCUCAAGGACUCUAAUAUCAAACGAGAUCUAACUUGCAUGCUUGGAAUGAUUCUUGUUGGACUCGGUAUGUGCGCUAUACUCUAACAAAUAAAUAAUACGAAUAAAGUGUUCUUAAAUCAAUAUCAUUGAAUCGAGAGCUUCUUAUAUUGCUGGAAAAAAAAAAUAAAACAAAAAAAAUAUUAUACUAAAUCAAAAUGAUAGAAAGAAAAAAAGAAAUAAAAACCAAAAGAUAAUUGUAUUUUUUUUAACAAUAAAAAUUAGAAAAAUCCAAAACUACAAGGAAAAAAAAAUAAGAAAAUUAAAAAACUAAUUUCCAUAUAAAACAAUUGAUUGGUUAAUUAUUUAUUAUUAUUUUUUUAUAAUUUAAAUUUAAAGAGAUACUUAAAACAAUUAAUUUAAUGUGACUUUACAUACUCAUAUAAUCAAAGACAAACGUAUUAAUAAAUUAGAAUUAGAGAAAAAAAUUUUAAAAAUAUUAUUUUAUAAUUGCUUAAAAAAUCAUUAGUCAGUUAUUAUUAAUAAAUAAAAAUCAAAAACGAAAUAGAGUAGUUUAUUAUAUUUUUUUUUUUUUCAUUGAGUGAAAGAAUUUAUUGUUUUUAAUAUUAUAGUAAUUUAUAAAUGUAAUGGAAAUUAUAAAUAUCAAUUUUUCAUCGAAAAUUAUCAUUUUUUAAUAACUUAAACAUAAUUAUUAUUCAAAUGUUAUAUUGUUUUAGAAUGUGUAAUAGUUUUAGUUGAUUAGCUUACGUCUUGCCGUUAUUAAUCAAAAAAUAAUAAUUUACAAAAAUCAAGAGAAAUAUAAUAAUACUCCCUGUAAAAUGUUUAAUUGAUAAAGCAUAAAUAAAAAAAAGUAUGGCAUUAAAUGAAUUUUAAAAAAACCCUCGAACCAUAUAAUGACUGGUUAAAAAAAAAAAACAGUAUACUUAUUGUUACGCUAAAUAAGAUUAAUAAUAACAACAAGACAAUAGAAUGUAGAAUAGUAAAAAAUAAGCAUAAUAAUAUUAUUGUCAUUUUUAAAAGUGCCUGAAUGUGUUACAAAAGUAUUUUUACCGAUUAUUAUUAUCAUAUCAGCUAUUGCUAUUAAAUAAUAAUUAUUUUUUGUUGCUUGUUAUCAUCAUUACCUCAAUAAUAUUGAAGAAAAAAAAUCUUUUAAUUUGUGUAUGAAUGUAUGAAUGUAUUUUAAAUGAAAAAAAAAAAAAAUAGUGUUGUUAAUUUUAUACAAAAAAAAAACACUAGAAUAUUUUAUACAAGUAAAAAAAUUUAGUCUGGCAGCUCGUUAUUAAUUGAAUAUAUCAAAAUAAUAAUUAGAAACAUUUUUUUCUUUUUUUUAUAAACUAGAUCUUAGAAUAAGCUGUAUAUUUUUAUUUACUAAUUUAAUGCAUAUGUUAAUGUCAAUUAUUUAUAAACCAACGAAAUAAAUAAAACCAAAGACUUGAUAUUA